UACAUGUCCUGCUGAAGAAGACGCAGCUGCCUUCCUUCCGUCUCGCUACAGUAGAUUUCCACAUGGCUUCCUCGUUGAUAUAGUUCCUAAAGAGUUUCCGAUGUUGGGAUCUUCGGAGGACAAAUCGAAGAUCCGACAGUUCGUAGACAUCCAAGGCGACGGAGGAAGGUGCCGCGCCGCCCUCUACGACGUGCUCGGCCGAUUUCUCGCCCAAAUCUUUUUUCCGAACUCCGAAGUCCGCGCCCCGUUCGUCCAGAGGAUCAACCGAUCCGUCAAGGAGAAUGCCGACGAUUUCAAGGAGGCAUCCAAGGACUUUGCCCAGGGCGUCGUCGCUUGGACUCGCCGUGGCGGCGCAUGGCGCGCCAUCAUCGUCAUUUCCGCUGGAGCGAUUAUUCUGGUGGGACUGACGGGAUUGUUGGCGUUUACGAUCUUCUUCUGCGCGGCCACCAUUAACGCGCUUGUGAUCUCUCUGCUGAUGUCGCUAGCGGCCGCCGGCGGUUUUAUGGCUCUGUUUCUUGCAUGCGUGACGGCAAUUUAUGUUGGGGCCCUCUUUGUUGCCGUUUGCACCGUCUCUACGAUCACAUUCAUCACCAUCUUUGCCGUUCUGGUGACAACAGGUGAUUCUCUGACCCCUAAAAGAGAAAAAGAAAGAAUUACGUUUUUUUUUUAUGCAUGA